AGUUACAGUUAUUCGCAAGAACGUAGAAUCUGAUAUUCUUAGUGACUGUUUUACGCCUGGCUGACACACAGGAGGUCGAGGUGGUUGUGCUGAGGCUGUUCUGUACUAUAAUUUAUUACAAAGUUACGAUUGUGGACGUGCUUGGUUGAUUUUGAUGUAGGUUUUUUUUAAGACCAAGAACGUUGCGAUCUUGUUAUCCUUGCGUCCGGCUCUUUUACUAUAUAAAAUUAUUGUAAUUUAAUAAUACCGUGAUGACGAGCCCUCUGGAAUUACUGACUCCGAAAGAUCGGGAAGAACCUCUGCUUUCAACGUACUAUGGGUCUGUUGCUUGCGGUACUAUAGGUUUUAUCAUUGCAUGUGCAAUGAAUGGAAUAGCAAAGCGUCCAAUCUACAGUGGAAUCCAGAAACACAUUGGUUUUGCAGCUCUUGGCAUCGUUGGUGGACAUUUCGUAGAGAAACAAAGAGCAAUAUAUUUUGCAGAAAGAGAUGCUGUGUUCCGUCACUAUGUUGAAUUGCAUCCUGAAGACUUCCCAGCUCCUGAAAGGAAAAAAUAUGCAGAAAUCUUUCGGCCUUGGUUACCUGUACGCUGAUUGGUCAAGCACCACAUAGCCCUCUUAUAGAUUGUAUAUACGUGUUUAAGUUAAAAUAAAUGAAAUCAUUAUGCAUAAUUGAUCUUUGUCAAGUAUGUGACUUAAUUUACCUCUGUAUUCCCUGUACAUUUUUUUAGUACAAAAACUACUCCAAACCAACACAGCAAAGAUUUAUGAUUUUUCAUAUUUUGGUGGGGAAAUAGAUGGCAUUAAAUGAUAGUUUAUUCACAUUAAUGUAAUGUGAAGUAAUGUAAGUGGUGUUCCGUGUUCAUAUUUUCAAACCAUAUCAAAAUUUCGUUUCUUCAACAAUGUUUGCCUAAUGUUUUAUUUAUUUAUGUACUUAUAUCAAAAAUGACGAAAUAGUGCCAGGUUGUUUGGUACAACAAUUUAAGUCUGUUAUGUUGAUGCGUGUCACCAAACGCUGAUGAAGUCAUCUGUAUAGGUGCCUGCACACACAAGUCACUUUACAUGCAUUGCAGUUUAACGCUGUAUCUUAUGUGAAACC